AAUAUAUGUUUGAUUUUGAAACAGUCACACAGCUAAUCUAGGCCACAACUCCGCGCCUCUCUUUUCUUCUCUCUCAAAUUUGCUUCACUUUAGAUUUCCCUUUUCUUUCUAUUUUUUUCCUUCUUGUUCUGUACUUUUUUGUUUUUUUUGUUUCCUUCCUCUUUCAUUCCUCAAAUCUUGUCCACAAAGCUCUUUACUUUCCUUUCGAAUCCACCUAUUCAUCACCCCCACUACCUUUUUGUUUUUGGGUUUUUGUCCCUCUUUCUUUUUAUUUUCUGUGGGGGUGAGUUUUUUUUAAUUAGUGUUUUAAUUAAUUUUUAAUAUUAUACUAGUUAUUUUUCUGUAUUUGUUGCAUUGGGUUUUUUGGUUCUUCCAGAGAAUUGCCAAAUUUGAAUAUUUAUGAUAAACUCAGGGUUUUGAGCUCCUAGUUUUGUGGGGUUGGAUUCAAAUUUUCUUUUUCUUUUUUUUUGAAAAUUUUGAUUUUGAAAUCUAUUAUUGACAACUGAGUAAGAAAAAGUUUAACUUUUUUGAGUUUUUUCAUUGUCCAUUUCGAUUAUUUCAAAAAAAAUUUGUUAGUUUUGGUUUGAACUGGAAAGCAAAUAAAUGUUAUCUAUGAAAUACAGUCCAUUUUUUUUUACUACAAUUAGUCCUGUUUUUGAAGAAAAAACUUGUUGAGUAUUUUUGGGUUUCCUUUGUUUUUUGCAUUUUCUGAAAUUUCUGAUUUAAAAUGGAUUUGAGCAAUGGUGAGGGAUGUGGAGCUGUCAUGGCAGCUGACAAGUCCAAAAAUCAUGAAGUAGACAUUGAUUUGAAAGUGUCUAAUUCCAAAGAGGAGGCCUUGAGCUCAAAAGUGAAUGAUGUGGGAAGUAUUAGUAGCAAGGAUAUGUUUUUCAGGGCUGAUAUGAUUGACUUCAAAAGCUUGGAUAUUCAGCUGGAAAAGCACUUGAGCCGGGUUUGGUCAAAAGACAGGGAGGUGAAGACUCACAAGGAAGAGUGGGAGAUUGAAUUGGCUAAAUUGGAUCUAAGAAAUGUUAUAGCUCAUGGGACUUAUGGGACAGUAUACCGAGGUGUCUAUGAUGGCCAAGAUGUUGCAGUGAAGCUAUUGGACUGGGGAGAGGAUGGUAUUGCCACAGCUGCUGAAACUGCUGCUCUUAGGGCAUCGUUUCAGCAGGAAGUUGCUGUUUGGCAUAAGCUUGACCAUCCAAAUGUUACAAAGUUUAUUGGAGCUUCAAUGGGAACUUCGAAUCUCAAAUUCCCCUUGAAGAAUGAAUCAGGUGAAGGUCAUAAUCCUCUUCCAUCCAGGGCAUGUUGUGUUGUUGUUGAGUACCUUCCGGGUGGGACUUUAAAGAAGUUUUUAAUUAGGAAUGUGAGAAAGAAACUUGCCUUUAAGGUUGUCAUUCAAAUUGCUUUGGAUCUCUCUAGAGGGUUGAGUUAUCUUCACUCAAAAAAGAUUGUACAUCGUGAUGUCAAAACGGAAAAUAUGCUGCUAGAUUCUCAGAGAACUUUGAAAAUUGCUGAUUUUGGGGUUGCUCGUGUUGAAGCCCAAAACCCAAAGGACAUGACUGGAGAAACUGGUACCCUUGGGUACAUGGCCCCAGAGGUCCUUGAUGGUAAGCCCUACAAUAGAAAAUGCGAUGUCUACAGUUUUGGAAUAUGCUUGUGGGAGAUCUAUUGCUGUGACAUGCCUUAUCCUAAUCUUAGUUUUGCUGAAGUUUCAUCUGCAGUUGUGCGGCAGAACUUACGCCCAGAAAUCCCAAGAUGUUGUCCAAGUUCAUUGGCGAGCAUCAUGCGAAAAUGUUGGGAUACACACCCAGAGAAACGUCCAGACAUGGAUGAGGUGGUGAGAAUGUUAGAAGCAUUAGACACUAGCAAGGGUGGUGGCAUGAUUCCUGAUGACCAGGUUAAUGGUUGUUUCUGUUUCAGCACAGCUCGUGGCCCAUAAUAGUAUCAUAUUACAAGUGCAAAUGAAGUUAGUCUUGCAGAACUAGUUUGCUUGACUUGCAAAUGGUCUUAAAAUAAGUAGUUCACAAUUUUCUGUGGUGGAUAAAAAGAAAUACAAUUGACAUUUUAGAAUUUGUGGUUCCUAUGAGAUCUUACACAAUUUCACUGUAUAGAGAUUGGUGGGGCAACAAUUUAUAACUGUAAUCACUUUUGUUGCAUAAUAUUAGUCUGCAACUUUGUAUUUGUUA